AUGUCUGCGUUCACCGUCUCCGACAACUACACGCACAUCAUCGGCGGCGCCAAGGCGACCUCCCCCACCUUCGUCCCCGUCAUAAACCCCGCGACCGCGACCGCCUUCACCCACGCCCCGCUCGCCACGCGCGCGCAGCUCGACGUCGCCAUCGCCGCCGCCGAGCUCGCCUUCCCCGCCUGGGCCGCGACGCCGUGGGCGGACCGCCAGCGCGCGCUGGCCGCGCUCGCGGACACGCUCGAGGCCCACCGCGACGCGUUCACCGCGCUCAUCGUGCGGGAGAUCGGGAAGGACCAGGCGAGCGCGGCUAUCGAAGUCGCGAUCUCGAUCCCUUGGCUCCGCAAGGUCGCGGAGCAGACCCUUGAGGACGAGACCGUGUCGGGGCACGCGGGGAAGGUCGUCAAGAACCGGUUCCGGCCGUACGGCGUGUGCGCAGGUAUCAUCCCGUCCAACUACCCCCUCACCGUCGCGGUCAUCAAGCUCUCCCAGGCCGUCCUCGCCGGCAACUGCCUCAUCCUCAAGGCCCCGCCGACCGCCCCGUGCGUACUCGCGAAGUUCAUCGAGCUCGCCCAGUCCGUCUUCCCGCCCGGGGUCGCCUCCGUCCUCCUCGGGGGCAACGAGCUGGGCCAGUGGAUGGUCGAGCACCCGCGCAUCCUCCGCGUGUCCCUCACGGGCUCGACGCGCGCCGGCAAGGCCGUGAUGGCCGCCGCCGCGCCCGAGCUCAAGGUGCUCACGCUCGAGCUCGGCGGGAACGACGCCGCGAUCGUGCUCGACGACGUCGACCCCGCCGCGGUCGCAAAGACGAUCCUGCAGGGCGCGCUGCACAACGCCGGGCAGACGUGCUUCAACAUGAAGCGCAUCUACGUGCACGACGCCGCGUACGACGCCGUGCGGCGCGAGCUCGUCGCCCUCGCGCGGGACGCGCGCGUCGGCGACCCGGUGGACCCCGCCGUCGCGGUGGGCCCUGUGCAGAGCGAGGCGCAGCACGCGCGGCUGAUGAGCCUCCUUGCGGAGUCCAAGGCGAGCGGGCUCAAGGUCGCGUUCGAGAGCGAGGUGCCGGCGGGCAGCAAGGGCUUCUUCGUGCCCGUCGUCAUCUUCGACGACCCGCCCGAAGGUUCGCGUGUCGUCCGUGAAGAACAGUUCGGGCCCUUUGUCCCACUGCUUAGGUGGAGGGAUGACGAGGAGGUGGUGCGGCGAGCGAAUGACACCGAGUACGGGUUCAGCGCGAGCGUGUGGGGGCGCGACAUGGGCCGGUGCACGCGCAUCGCCGAUGGUCUCUACAACGGGAUGGUGUGGAUCAACGACUGGGGUACCAUUGGCGGCGACCUGCCGUUGGUCGGCGUCAAGCAUUCUGGUCUCGGGGUGGAGAACUCCAAGCAUGGCCUUACCUCGUGGACAUACGUCCAGUCGUUCAUCUGUGUUGACCCGGCGGCGGAGAAAGCAUGA